CAGCCAAUCACGUCACUGUUGUCAACGCGUUGUUAUGGAGCUGCGGAAGGCUGAUGUUUAAAGGACGUCAAACUUCCAGGGUUUGUUUCGGUCUCAAUUUAUUAAAAGUGACUUCAACUCGUUUAGUUUAUAUUUUAAAAUGUCCCUGGAUCGACUGGACGUGUUGAGAGAGCGUAACAAACAUUUACUGACCCAGCUGAGGCAGCAGAGAGACGAGCUGGAGCUGCAGAGCGGCCGCAGCGAGAGCCGCAAGAGGGAGAGAGAGGACGAGGGAGAAAUGGUUACUCUGACCGGUGGAGACAGACGUCCUGCCCGGGCAGCUCUGUCCAGACCCUCCGUGAGAUUUGCAGAUAUUUGUGAGAGACAAACGGACAUCCGCCAGACUUUUUCCACACCAUCUCUGACAUCAAAACCCAGAGAAAGAUCUUCUGAACGUACAACAUCCUCAGACCUCUUUAGAGCCGCCAGCCAAAGACAUCCUGAAGUCCACAACAAAUUACAUGUCAUGGAGACGGAGGCGCAGAAUCGAGUUACAUUUCAAUCUGAUGAACAUGAAGACAUACCAGCCUCAGACAGGCACAGUUUGCAGCCCUUACUUGGAUAUGACUGGAUAGCAGGAGUCCUAGAUGCUGAGGACUCUUUGGUUGAUCGCUCUGACGAGUUCUUCAAUGAUCUGCACGUGUUUCGAUCACUGAAUAGAGAAGAAUGUGUCCACAGCGGACCAGCAGAAUUAUCUGAGGAGAACCCUCCAGUCUCACCGCCAUUAACAGACAAGGCCGACCCCGAGGCUAACGUGGACACUCAUCAAUGUACAUUCUCUUACAGGAUUAACAGCCGACUGUUCCCCGUCCCGCUUCACUCUCAGGAGCGCUGUCCCGUUUGUAAAAAGCACAAAUCCUCCCACCCUCACACAGCUGCUGAACCAGCUCUAGUCAGGGUCAGCAUUCCUCGCUCAAACCUCUUGCCACCUUACAAGUACAAAGCUCACCGGCGAUGCAGCUUCGACCCUUCUGAUAGCUUGGGGCUACCAUCGCACUGUCUUUCCGGCUGGUCAAACACAGGUCAGAGCACUCUGCUGCCACCGAGCAGCCUCGAUCUGCGGAGCAGUCUUAACAUAAAGAACUCUACUGGGCUACUGAAUCAAGAACUGGAGCCCCACAUAACCAGAUACCCUCCUAGAUGUACAAGUGAGUCAGAGCUCGACCCAGUUGCUACCUCACACUUUACUAACCAAUAAUCAACCAGCUCCAACCAGGAGCUGAUUGACAGCUCCCGGUGAGACUUUGAUUUAUUGGUUAAAGGAGGCACAAUAUAGGGCCUUUAAUACUCUAUAUAUGUGUCUGUGUGUGUGCAUUAUUAUAGAUAUGAUGUACAGUCAUGGAAACAAAUAUUAGACCACCCUUAUUUUAUAGUUCAUUUUAAUGCCUGGUACAACUAAAGGUACGUUUGUUUGGACAAAUAUGACAACAAAAAUAGCUCAUAAGAGUUUAAUUUAAAGGGGAACUUCUUUUUUUUUCAACCUGGGGUCUGUUUUCAUGUCUUUUCAUACAUGUGAGUGAUGGAGAAAUGAAUAUUCGACAUAGCUCCAGUAUUUAGCCAGGCACGCAGCUCAGCAGCUCAGCGAGCAGCUCAGCUAGCGAAAAGUAUGGGGCAACUUGCCGCCCCUCGUCAAAGUCCGCCCCAACGUGAUAGCUAUCGCACGAUUUCGGAACGAGAUUUGCUUUCUAGCGUCCUGAGAUUUGGAUACAGACCACAACAAAGAGCGAUCGCCAGGUAAUGUGGAGGUUUUCGUUCACUUCUCAUCUCUAGUAUGUUGUGGGACACUCAUUGAGACUAUCUGAGCUGCUAGCUGAGCUGCUAGCUGCCUGCCUGGCUAAAUACUGGAGCUAUGUCGAAAAUUCAUUUCUCCAUCACUCACAUGUAUGAAAUCACAUAUGAAAACAGACCCCAGGUUGAAAAAAACCGAAGUUCCCCUUAAAGAGCUGAUACCUGGCAAUUUUCCAUGGUUUUCCUUAUAAUAACCAAAAUCAUUUCAGCUCUUACAUCAAUAGCUAUGGCGGCAGUGUACUGCUAAAAACACUGCUUUCAGGCAUUCCAUGUUUUAUUUUCUGUCUUUUUUAGUCACAUGAUACACACAGGAGUUAGUACUUCACUGCAUAACCACUGUUUUUGAUGACAAGGGUGGUCUAGUAUUUUGUUCCCCAAUUACUGUAUAAAUGUAUGUGUUUCUGUGUAUGUGCACCCAUGUAUAGACACAUUUACCACUAUUUUUAUGUUUAAUGUGAGGAUUACAUGAAUUACAUGAAGCACCUAUAUACAUGAUGCACUGGCUGAUUUGAUAAUCACAUGAGUAAGCAGCUGUUUUUAAUACCAUGCUCAGUGAGGGAAUGUGUUCAUGUAGACACCAGUCAGCCACAACAUUAAAACCUUUCUCAUCACAAUGCAAAGUUCCUGUGGAGUGUGCAUGUUACUUUGAGACACACCACCCACCAGAAACAUUGCUGCAGACCAAGCACACUCCUCUGUAGCAGCAGCAAGACCACAGAACAUGCUCAACACAUGGAGGCCCUACCGAUCUGCUGCAAAUGUCCCAGUGCCAACACUACAGGACAUUCUGGCAAUAUUUUGACAACACAAGAGCGACCUACACAGUGUUAGGCCGGAGGUUUUAAUCUUGUGGCUGAUCAGUGUACAUUGAGUCUUCACUUUUGUCUAAUAGUCAUGUUUUGAUGUCAAAUUCAAAUGUCUACUACUGUCUAACUGUUAACAUACUUUUAGAGGGCACGAUACAUGAACCUAAUGAAAUGGUGAUUUUAAUAUUUUUCAGGAUCUGUCUGCGCCGAAAGUAUCCGGCAACCGUAACCUUGACCAGAUCUCAGAUGUGUCUCGCUUAGCUCAUCACAGCUUUCAGCAUUUCUCGCCAAAAAGAAAACUGAGAAGCACAUCCCAGC